AUGAUCCCCAACCAGCUGAAGGUCAGCUCUCCAGUUUCCAGGCAGGAAGAAGACAAAAUGGAUGGCAGGACUGGCUUUGAGCAGGACAGAGGCCAUGCCACUUCAGGGCAUGGCCAGGGGCUGAAUUCGGAGCCCUAUUUCCAGACUGACUCUCUCUUGCCUUCCUCCAAUGCAUCCCUCAUAUCACAGUUCCUCAGCCACCCGAUGUUUGGCAGGAGCCUGGAUUCCACCAUCCUUUUCCCUUCCUCUCAGGCAGUUGCCCUGCCUCAGGACAAGUGUGGUGCAUCUCCUGGAGAAGGAGCACAAGCCCUGGCUUUCCCCAGGACCCGUGCCUCAGCUCCCAUGCCCUGUGCUAGUGAUGGGGACCAGCUCUCCAACCAGCACCUACGAGCCAAGAGGGCCAGGGUGGAGAGCAUCAUCCAAGGCAUAAGCCUCCCACCAACCCCUCAGGCAUUUGACACCAGCCUGGAGGCAGCUUUUAGGCAUGAGAGGGAGAGAGGUAGUGAGAUACCCCCGGAGAACAAGAGGAAGCCGAGGGUGCCCCCGCAGGGCCUGGGGGUGGCUGGACGAGUGGCCCCCAUGGGUGGCAGCUCCCAUGCCAAGGGCUGCCAGCAGCUGAAGGAGCAGCUCUGCUUUUUAGAGCAGCAGCUGAGGCGGCUUCAGGAAAAGUUCUACCAGGUCUAUGACUCUGCAGAUGCUGCUCAAACCCAGGAAGAUUCCGAGAAAGUGCAGCCACUUCCUGAAAGGCCUAGAGACAGACUGGAUAAGGACAGUGCCACUGUCACCAGGAACCCCUGCAAAGCACCUCUCAGGAGGAGCAUCCUGGAGGUGUGUGGGCUGGAGGAGGAUGAGGACAAAUGUGAUGCAGGUGGCCUGCCCACAGCAGUGAGGGUCCUCUCACAGGCACUGAAGCAUGAGCUGGCCGGGGUAACGUCCCAGGUGGUAGACUCUGUCCUGAAGACUGUCUGGCCGAAGGCAGCCAGCCACCUCCAGCAGCAGCACAACAGCUGCCUGGUGCUGAGGCCAGAUGCCAGGAGAGAGUAUUUUACUGGUGGGAAAUGCAGAAAGCCACUUGCUGAGCCAUCUCCCAUGAAUGCACCAGGCUCACUGGGCUCAGCUCAAGCUAAAGUCCUGCCAGGAACUUUGGAGAAGAGCCCGGGCUCUCAUGCUGGCUCCUUCAGUUCAAAGGGCAUCAGAAAAUCCUCUCAGAUACCCAGCAUGGGUUAUUCACUGGGCCCGGUCACCCCUGUCCAGGACAGCCAGCUGUUGAGCCAGCUGUUGGACUAUGGCCAGCACAGCCUCUGGGGCACCGACUCUCGUGGGAGCCCAUCUGCUCUGGAGAGGUGUCCUCCAGAGCCCCUCAGCUUACACUGGGGAACUGUCAAACUGAGGUCAUCGGUUGUGAGACAGCAGCAGCACCACCCCUUGCCCCUGAGCCCUGCCAACAUGGAGACUGGGGGGGCUGCUGCGUGCAGGUUUUCCUUGACCCCAAGGCAGAUGCAGGAGGCGCUGACCCCUGGCCACCUGAAGAAGGCCAAGCUGAUGUUUUUCUUCACUCGCUACCCCAGCUCCACUCUGCUGAAGACCUACUUCCUUGAUGUGCAGUUCAGCCGCUGCAUCACCUCCCAGCUCAUCAAGUGGUUCAGCAACUUCCGUGAGUUUUACUACAUCCAGGUGGAGAAGUUUGCCCGACAGGCCCUGCUAGAGGGCGUUGCGGAUGCUUGCACCCUCCAGGUCUCCCGCGACUCAGAGCUUUUCCGUGCCCUUAACAUGCACUACAACAAGGGGAACGACUUCGAGGUGCCAGGGCGGUUCCUGGAGGUGGCCAGUCUGACGCUGCAGGAGUUCUUCAGUGCUGUCAGGGCGGGCAAGGACGCCGACCCCUCCUGGAAGAAACCUAUUUACAAAAUCAUUUCUAAACUGGACAGCGACAUCCCGGAAGGGUUCAAAGCUGCUGGCUGCUCCCAGGAACUGCUCCGCAGCUGA